UUUAAUGCGAUGUUUUCCAAUUGCUUAAUCCCAUCCUUUUCAAUGUACAAGGGUGUAUUGUUUUGAUUCCCUUAGAUCUCUUGCUUUUUUUCUGUUAUUUGCUGAAGCAAAGGAAGAAACCUCCCCUACCCACACCCUCACAAAACACAGUCCAGCCCAGCCCUGAGGAGCAGUGCCGUGGCUGGGGCUACUGAGCAGUGUGGGUCUGAGCAUCGCUUCCUCAGGAAGUCACACUUUGUGGGUCCUGUGUAUGAGACAGAAACACAGAGCAGAGUUGCUUGAGGUGCUGAAGGGCUGGAGGUUUCCCUGCGCUUUUCCCAGCCUUCUUGAGAAGAAGCGGGUGAAGGUGUCUGUGGGACACUGUGUCCAGACCCCCACCAGGCUGGCAGUGCCUCGCUGCGCCUUGCCGGCCACCAUGGAGACGCUGUCCCAGGACUCCCUGCUGGAGUGCCAGAUUUGCUUCAACUACUACAGCCCGCGCAGGCGGCCCAAGCUGCUGGACUGCAAGCACACGUGCUGCUCGGUGUGCCUGCAGCAGAUGAGGACCAGCCAGAAGGACCUGCGGUGUCCCUGGUGCCGUGGCAUCACCAAGCUGCCGCCGGGCUACUCUGUGUCACAGCUGCCUGAUGACCCUGAGGUGAUCGCCGUCAUCGCCAUCCCCCACACCUCUGAGCACACCCCUGUCUUCAUCAAACUCCCCAGCAACGGGUGCUACAUGCUGCCCCUGCCCCUCUCCAAGGAGAGGGCUAUGCUGCCGGGAGACGUCGGCUGUCGCCUCCUGCCUGGCAGCCAGCAGAAGUCCCUGGCGGUGGUGACGAUCCCGGCCGAGCAGCAGCCGCUGCAGGGUGGCCUUCCUGCUGAGGCAGGUGCGGAGGAGCCUGACCGCAGAGGCGUGGUGAAAAGCUCCACCUGGUCGGGGGUUUGCACUGUGAUCCUGGUGGCCUGUGUCUUGGUCUUUCUCCUGGGCAUCGUCCUCCACAACAUGUCAUGCAUUUCCAAGCGCUUCACGGUGAUCUCAUGCGGCUGAGGGGUGUGGGGCUGCCCCGGGGUUGCUCACCCAGGGGUUGGGUUGGUGGUGGUGGUGGUAUCGAGUGAGACAAUUCACCGAAACUUUGGCCGAUGACUGCAGGACACUUUGUUCCCAGAUGGUGGUGCACCAGCCUGGCCACAGCCCUCAGCACCAGUGGAGAAAGCUAUGUCCAGUGUCUGAUGGUAACGGCAAUGAGAAGGACUGCAUGCGUCACCAUAGUCAUUUAUCAAGGGGACUGUAAUUUAUGGCAGUUUUUAUUGUGUUAUGAGAUUAAAGACAUCUGUGUAGCUGGUUGUACUGUAAAGUAUGCAGUAUGAGCUCUUUUCUAACCACGGUAGCUCAAAAUCAGAACUGCUCCAUGUAGAAUUGAAGGAGAACUGGCCUGUGACUCAGUGAAAAGUGUUCGAUACCAACCCACAUGUGUUAUUUUUUAACUGGGGGGAAGGGGAGACUUGUAAAACAGAAAUCAUUUAGUUGGUAAGACAUUUUCUAUGUUUUAAGCUGCACAUUAAUUAAACUAAGUUAGGAGGUUGUACAAUAGUUUUUAAAAGGAAACAUUUUACAAGCAAUUGUUUGGUUCUGUGGUAUGUGGUUUUUUGCCUGUGUCUGAUUUUUCCCCACUGUUUACGGCUGUGGGGAAGUGACACUUAAGAAUCUUCUAUUUGAAGGAGGUUCUGAGCAGGGAAGCAAAGUGAGCCUAGGAGGAAUACUUAACAAUGCAGCCAAACAUUUCUGCCUAACACACUUCACAUGAAGAAUGGCUCUGAAUGGUGAACAUUAGUCAUACUGUUUUACCUCUGAUCUGGCAAGCGGGCUUCCUGCAGACUUGGCCUUCAUGGCUAUUAGUGAAGAAGUGGGUCAUGAGAAGUCCUAGGACUCCUUCCUGCAAGGACGUGACAGCAAUUUGUUCUUCCUUUUCUUUUUCUGGAGGUUGGGUUUUCUUUCUUUUUUUUUUUUUUCUUUUUUUUUUAGAGAAAUAUACACCUAUUUUGCCUCCCUAUCUCACAGGAGAUACAGCUGCACACCCAUGGGUAGUAUGAGAAAGAAGUUGCUGUAAGGAAGCCUCACCAUGCCAACAGACCAUGGACCUUUCUGUGCAAUCUUUAUGCCUUUGUAUAAGAGGCAGUGACAGAGCUGGAAGAAGAACACAGCUUAGCCGAACCCUCUUCUGGGUUGUGCUGUCCCUCAUUAAUCAGCGUGGCUGUCCAGGUGUUAAAAUGCAUAGGUGAGCAUGACGUAGACCUUUUGCCACACUUCAUAUGAAUGUUGGUCUUUGUUAUGACAGAUAUGAAGAAAAAGCACAGGAAAUAUCCCUAUCCACCUAUGAAUGUCCUAAUUUCCCAGUUAUUUGCAGUUCUCUAUUUAGAUUGAGCCAAAUUCCUGAACCUGCAGCAGCACCUUGCUCCACUAGAUUUAGUAUUGUUUGUAGCUUAAAUGGAGCUCUGUGUGAGUUGCUAAGUGUGAAUGCUGAAAUCUGUGAGAUUUAAGGAUCAGAUGGAGAGAUACAUAGCAGGCCUUUACUAAGACAGAAAAUUCUAUUGAUCAGCAUUGGUUCU